CAUGACCAGUGUCUGUGUAAUGCUGCCUUUCCAUGGCUCCGUCAGGCAAAAAAGCGAGUCAUCAGAAGCAAAAAAUAGAGCCAACUUGGCAAAACAACCAAGACUUUGCAAAACAAGCGACGACGAGGCCAACGUCAAUUCAACGACAGCAUUGAUAACUAGUUAUCGACUUCACACUCCGAUCAUCGAGAAAAUAUACAGAGAAUACAUAAAGUACGAAAGGAGCAAGGUCUCAUUUCCGUCGUCCAUCAACCUCGCUUUCGAGCACAUCCACACCGUGGCCUUACCAGCCGUCUACUUAACAGGCACCACAAGGAAGAGGCACGACAACUCCGUAAACGCUGGAUUGUGAUUUGCUGCCUGCCUUGCACGAAAGCGCAUGAAGAAACCGAAAAUGUGAUGGGCGCUAUCUCAGUGUGACGGGUGGCUGCUUG